GAUGAAAACCCAGCCUUCUUAUCCUCUCAUUUCCGUGGUUGAUUUUGUCAGGAUCUAACUUCAUUAUAAGCAAGAUAGGACGAGGUUUUGGUUGCAAGUCUUGUUCAGAAUUUAACCAAUUCUCGGACUCGAAGGGAUAAUGAUUCCCUCGGUGGAAAAGUGAAGACAGGCCUUACAAGGUAGAAGAGUACCCGAGAUUUCCCAUCAUUUGUAGCUGUUCCCUCAGUUGCAUCUGGCAUUAUCAAGAACAAAUAUUCCUGAUGAUCCCUACAAUUGUUUCUGGCCUGAUUUUGAUGAAAAGGCGAAGGAUGAUGGAGGUUUUUCCUACUCACUUUAGGAAACUCUGGAAGGAAUGGGAGCUCAUUGGGGCAGCUCUGUUCAGCCUUACACUUCAAAUGGUUCUCAUUUUAUCCGGCAAUCACCGGAAGCACUGCAGUGGAACUUGGGUUAGAUUUGUUGCUUGGUUUGCCUACAUGUUGGCUGACUCUGUAGCAACAAUUGCCCUCGGCAUCCUAUCAAAUGACUUGGGGCAGAUAUAUGAUGAUGGAGGUCAUAUUAAUGUGGCUAAUGAGCUCAAAGCAUUCUGGGCUCCCUUUUUCCUGCUGCAUUUAGGUGGUCCGGAUACAAUUACAGCCUAUUCCUUAGAAGAUAAUGAGUUGUAUCUCAGGCACCUCUUUGGGCUAAUAGUCCAGACAACUGCUACACUUUACAUCUUGUUACUUGCCUGGACAAGUUCUAAUCUUUCUUACCUAUCCAUUGUAAUGAUACUGGUGGGCUGCAUCAAGUAUGGGGAGAGAACAUUGGCUCUAUGGAAAGCAAGCAAGAACAAAAUCCGAGAUAGUAUCCUCCCUGCUCCAGAUUCCGACCUAAGAUAUACUAAACUUAUGGAAAAAUAUACCUUGAAAGAUGCGGAGGGAUAUCAUGUGGAAAUAAUAGAGAUGAAGGAAAGUAAGGCUAACUUGGAUGUAGCAGUGCCUGAAAAUGAACAUGAUUUAGUCAAAGCUGAUGCCUUAUUUCAGACAUUCAAGAGUUUGUUUGCAGAUCUAAUAAUUAGCUAUCAUGACCGGGACAGAAGCCAAGCCUUGUUCAAGGAACUGUCUGAUGAAAACGCUUUCAAAGUGAUCGAGAUUGAACUAGGAUUCAUGUAUGAUCUGGUGUACACAAAGGCACCGGCUAUUUAUACUCCCUGGGGUUUUGUUCGACGGUUCAUCACUUUCUCCCUCACCUGCCUAGUGUUUUUAUUUUUUAUCCUAGAUGCUAAGCUCAGGCAUAACAGGACUGAUUUUAUGGUCACUUUACUUUUGCUUGUUGUUGCUAUUUUCCUGGAGAUAUAUGCAGCCCUUAUUGUCCUUGCCUCGGAUCAAACCAGAGUUUGGUUGAUUAAGAAGAGGAUGACUAGCAUUAUGCAAUUCAUGAAUUCUUUUGAAGAAUGGUUUAAGUGGUUUAAGGUGCCGAGGUGGUCAAAUUCUAUUGCACAGUAUAGUCUACUAUGGAUCAGUCUCAAAGAAAAACUUAGCCUUAAAAUUAUUGAAGAAUUUCGGUAUAAAGAAAUCAAUAAUUUCUCUAGGAAAUAUAGGGAGCUGAUUUUUUACCAUGUCAAAAAGAAGUCUGAGGAAUUUGAGGAACGAAGGAAAGAACAGGAGCUGAGAAGUACAAGCAGUCUUGAGACAGCUCUUAGGCAGGUCUGCGGCCAAAGGGGAAAAGGCGUACUUGAUGAAUACAAGGAAAAGAUAGGUCAGGUUGACCUUGAAUGGAGUAUAAGUGUUGAAUUUGACCAAAGCAUCCUUAUCUGGCACAUGGUUACAGAAAUCUGCUACAACUCCGAAAAUCAUCAUGAUGUCAAUUUAAGUAGAGAUUUCAGUCUGCACAUGUCAAGAUACAUGUGUUAUCUCCUAGUCAUUUGUCCGUCCUUGUUGUCUGACAGGAUUGAUAUUAUGAGGAUCCGGCACACUCGUGCUGAGGCCAUGAAAUUUUUCGAGGAGCAACUGCCUACCACCACGGAUGGAGGCACAUAUUGCGCAGCUGCCCUCGCUGAACUUCGGAGAAAAAUAUGUUCCAGUGUUGUAGAUGUUAAAGAAAGAAGAAAAAAGGCUUGCGAGUCAUUGCUUGGAGUGAGAACAGAUGUUCCUCCCAUCAAAGUCAAAGGUGAUAGAAGCAAAUCUGUGUUGUUUGAUGCCUCCAUGUUGGCAUCAAGUUUGAAUACUAUAUCAAAUCCAGAGGUUAAAUGGGAUCUAAUGAGAGAUAUGUGGUUGGAGCUGCUAGCUUAUGCCGCUUGUCACUCUAGGGAUAGUCAGCAUGAGCAGAAAGCAGUGGAUGAUAAAGCUUUAGUAAGAAUAUCAGCACAUUGUAAAGAGGAGGGGACAUGCUGCAAAAGAAUGGCAUGAGAAGCAACCCGUUCCCGAACAAAAUGAAUAUCAAUCUCUAUGUGUUUUGUUCGUUGAUGCUGUAUAGGAUUGAGAGCCAAAUAGAGAGCACUGAUAUUA